AUGAAAAAGAUACGCUUUACAAAGGAGGAAGAUAACGUCGUUAAGGAAGUCAUGGAAAAGUUGAAACAACAUAAUCAACUUAAACAACAAAACCCUUAUGCCAUUAUUGAAAAUGAGCUUGCUAAGUUUUCUUUCCAAAGAAAUUCGAAGCAAAUUCGCCAACGUUGGAAAAAUCAUUUGGACCCAAAUCUUUGGAAAGAACCUUUAAAAUACUAUGAAAAAGAUUUCAUUGUUCAAUGGGUUGAAAAGAAUAAAGAAGGACCGAAUGGUACAAUUAGAUUUGCAAAAUUAAUUCCGGUGAUGAAAAAUAGGUUUGGUAAAUUGUACUCCGAGAACAAUCUCAAGAAUUUUUGGAAUUCUAGAGAAAGAAGACGAGUUAAAAGAAAUCAACAAGGCAAAGGACCAAAGCUUCAAAUUUAUGACGAGAUAACUAAGAUAUCUCCCUCUCCUUUGGCUAGUCCUUUGAGUAAUCAGGCUCCUUUGGUAACUCUCUCGAUUCCUCAAUACCUUCUUCCGGAUGCAAAUAAUUCCCCUUCGAGAUAUCAAGCUCCUCCGGUAAUUCGUCCGAUUCCUCGAUACCCACUUGAGAAGUCGAGCUUCUAA